CUCGCUCUGGUUCCCCACCCGCCGAAGGGCCUCCCGGAGGACAACCACGUCGGCGUCGUCCAGACUGACGCCAAGCACAUCGCAGAGCUCCUCCUCGAGAGUGAGAAGGGGCUGGCGAGGAAGCGGGUGGCCAGCGCGGCGGCAGACGUCGCCUCGCAGCAGGUCGCCUCGCAGCAGGAGGAGGGGGAGCGCGCCAAGGAGAGCAAGAAGGGGAAGAAGAAGAAGAAGAACAAGGGAAAGGGUGGCGCUGGGCCGUCGCGGGAGCCCGAGGAUGAGGCAGCGCUGGCGGCGGCGGAGGAGGCGGAGUCGGCGGCGGCGCUCGAGGAGAGCGCGAGGCUGGAGGAGGAGAGGCGGGCGCCCGACGAGCAAGCGUCGUCCUCUUUCGCUGCAGAGAGGCCGCCUUCGGCGGAGGAGGAGGAGCCACCGCCCGACUUCAUCUGCCCGAUCACAACCGAGGUGAUGAGCGACCCGGUGAUGGCGGCGGACGGGCAUGCUUACGAGCGGACGGCGAUCGAGCGCUGGCUCGCGACCAAGUCGACGAGCCCGCUGACGGGCGAGGCGCUCGACUUCACUCGGCUGUUCCCAAGCCACAUCCUGCGCCGGCAGAUACGAGAGUGGCGAGGACGGUAG